AGACCUUGUAAAAAGAGAUUUUAAAGGCAUAAGCAGUGCGAGAGGACAAGAGUCUGUAUAUGAUAUGGCGUCAGUAGGUACUGAAAUGGUCAAGGUAAAAGACAAAAGAAGUGAAAAUCAAGGACAAGGUUUAGACUUAGAGGCUGACUUCAAAGAUGGUGAACAAAAGGCAUUGAAUGCAGUUAAUGCAUAUAUUCACGGAGGUGGUGAUCCAAAUAAGGUACAGGACAAGAAAACAGGAAACACAUUUCUUCACUGCGCAGCUAAGCACAACUUUAAAAAUGUUGCCGAAAAGUUGCUCGAACAUGGAAUGAACGCAUUAGCUAAGAACAAGACGGAAAAAAUUGCUUUGCAAAUUGCAAUAGAUAAUAAGCGUGAUGAUAUGAGUGCCCUUAUUGCUAGGAAUAUGAAACCAGCCGAAUUACGAGGUCUAUUCGGAGGAAGUAAGGCAGACGACGAAAAUCAAGUACAAAGGUUAUUUCAUAUAGAUGACGUAUUGAUAAACUCUAAUUGUGAUUUUACGGAAACAUUACUAGCAGUUUUAGACAGUCUAAAGGAUGAGAAGGAGGAUGGCUCUGAUGAAUUUGACACCAAGCUGUUGGAGGAAGAUAAGACUGGAAAACUACCAGAUAACUCUGCCUUCAACUGCAAAGAUCACACUGUUUUCCAUGUCUUAGCUGGAAAAGGACAUAAGGAAGCAAUAAAUCAUCCAAUACUUAGACUUAUGAUCAGCCAUAAAUGGAACGAGUGGGCAAGGAAGAAGUUUGUGACAAAUUUCGUUUUGUACCUCUUAAGCCUGUUUUCUUUGACAUUUUCUGUUGCUGUGGGUGCAACUUCCGCCGACAUAAAGGACUAUGACACAAGAUUACAACAUUCACGUGCAGUUUUUGAAAUUGUGGCAUAUGGCUUUGUAAUUAAAGCAAUUUUUCAUGAAAUUCUCCAAGUGGUGAGGCAUGGCCUCACUUACUGCAAACAACUUCUCAAUUGGUUGGAGCUAAUUUCAGCGGUACUCUUGUUGCUAGUACUUCCCGUGCGUUACAUUAAUAUCCGGGCUCAUUGGUAUAUAUUCGCUGUGGGAUAUUUCCUAUGGGUGAUAAAGAUCUUCAAAUAUGCAGUAGUUUUCAGCGAAACUGGGGCUUAUGCAGAGUCACUUAGAACAAUCUUUUGGAGAAACUUUAUUCCGUUCAGUUUGCUGUUUUGUAUUUAUAAACCUUGCUUUUGGAGGGACUUUUCUUCUUGUCCUGAAAGGCGAUGGAGACUUGGACAUUCAUGACGAAACAAGCUCUAUGUGGGGAAUAUGGUUUGUUGGAUUAAGGACGAUGAUAGAGGCCCAGCCAAUUGUAGAAUACACUGGUUCUGAAGGCUACAGACCAAUGGGAACAGUUGUAAUGUUGAUGUUUAUUGCCAUGACGAUAGUUGUUUUGCUGAAUAUCCUCAUCGCUCAGCUGACCGAAACGUACCAUAUCAUUCAAAGCGACGCUCGGAAAUCUGUUGUCGUAAAUAGGGCUUGGAUUAUUGCUCGGUUGGAGAGAAACGCUGUACCCUGUACAUCUCAGUGUAUCCCGGAAUGCCUAAAAAAUUGUCUCCCAGUGUGUCUGUCACAGUGCUUACAAGAGGAAGGAAAUAGAGUGUAUAAAAGGUAUUUCACCAGUAAAGGCUUUAAAAUGCUUCAGAAGCACUCUACCCCAAUGGAACAGAUCAGCUCCGCAUUAGCUCAAGUAGAAAACAAAGUAGUAAAGUCAGAUCUUAAAGUACAGACGGUAAAAACAAGACUUAGGAAGAUGGAAGAAAAACUGGAGAGAAAACUUAAUGAUAUAGAGCAAGCACUACAUUCAUUUAAGAGAUAAGUUAUAGUAACUGUUACAGUACAAGACAUAGCACUAAUACAGUUUUAAACUAUAAAUUGUAACUAAAUAAGUUUGUGUGAUGAUAUAUGACAUUAAAUACCGAGUAUAGUUGUGAUA